UCAUAUUGUUGAGCGCAGAAGUUUUUGCAUUGCAGUUUUGCAUAUAUUCUGAUUCCCAAUUCUCUUCAAUGUACUUCCGGAAUGGCUGCGCAAUGCAGUUAUUGGUACUUGGAGCACGUCAGCACCGGCAAAAAAUUAAUUCUGCAGUCUGGCGACAAUUUAGUAGGCAGGCACUCGUGUUGCAAGAUUGUCUUAAAGGAUUAUGAUUUUUUGUCUCGACAGCAUGCGAAAUUUAUUAUAAAUAGUGAAAAUAUCGUGAGUGUGGAGCAGUUGAAUGCGUUAAAUGGCAUCUUUAUAAAUGAAAUUAAGCUCGAAGUCAAGAUUCAAUCGCUUACGUCCGGCGAUAGAAUCGGCCUUGGGGUACAAGUUGAGUCCUUGGAUGCUGUGGUUCCCCCGAACUAUGCCAUAUUUCAUUUAAAACAAAUGUGUCCCAAUGCUGCCGAUAUUGUCAUCAUAUCAGAUGAGGAAGACAUUGAUCUGACACCGCCCAGAAUUGUCCCAAAAAUGGUCAACAAUAAUAAUGGGGACGCCUCUGAAUUGCAAAAGCCAGAGGCUAGCAAUGUUGAAGGCUCUACUGAUGAAUGCACCUCAAAUGCAACUACAAAUCGCCCAAUACAUUUGCCAAAGCUGCCAGAAGUGAAGCAGGAGUUACUCUCUCAGGCAACCAAAGAGAUUGAAAACAUAUUCGGCGAGCCCGAUGAGGAACUGCUUGAAUCGGUGUUUCAAAUUAAUCCUUAUGUCUACAAACAGCUAAACAACAAUAACAUUGCGCCAUCUGGUGGUAAAAUACAUGAUGGCGAUGUAAUUGAGCUGCCCGAAGAGGUUAACUCGCCACAACUAAAGGAGAAUUUCCAAAAUCCAGACAUGCCUCCUCCUAAAUUGUCUUCCGCAUCAGACAAGAUAUCAAAAGAUGAUAAGAUAAUUGUAGAUGACAACGAGGAUGACUAUGAUGAGAAUUUUGAACUGUCCCAAGCUGUUUUGCGCGAAAUGAAAGAAGAAAUGGCGGAUAGUCUGCAUGAGGACUGUGACAGCGAACAGGAAGAAGAUUUUCAGCCAGCUGCGCCGUGGGUUAAAUCAGAGAUAGCCACAAAAAUUGAUGACGAUGAAAUUAUAGUCAUUGAGGAUGAAGACGAUGAACUCUAUAGCAAAGUGGCGGAUUGGUCAUCCAAACUGCUUACCCAAAAUAUAAUGUCCCAGGUAUAUCCACUAGAUGAUGAAAAGGACUUAGAUGACGUCAAUAAUGAGGUAGACAAAAUCAAAGAGGACAAUAAUGUCGAGGAACAGGCUGUGAAGUUAUUAAAUGAUAAUAGUGAUACUGAUACCGACAAUUUUACCCAGCAUCCGCUUUUGAUGAGACGCAGAUCCAAAGCGCUGCGAAUUGAAAGCAGUGAAGAUGAGUCUCCAGACGACAGCAACAUCAUAGACAAAUCCUUUCCUACUCAAGAUGAAAAAGACGAGGAAAAUAAUAUGCAGGAACUGGAAGUGGUUUUGGUGCCAUUUGCUAGUGUUCCAGAUAACGAAAUAGAUACCAAAAAAGGAAAAAAGAAGUCCACACCACGCAAACGUAAAAAAACAGUUUCAGAACGCUCUCAGGGCAACAAGGUGCCAGUUCCAUUGUCUUCUCCUACACGAUCUUCAGCUCCAGAACCAAAAACACCUGUAGCCAGUCCAACAGCAUCUUCAUCUGCAGAUCUCAAGACACCUGAGAAGUAUCGCAGCCCACGCAUGUUAAACAGAUCCAAAUCCUGUUAUGCGGAAGCUCCCACAUCUUCGUCUCUAAGUUCACAUAUACCAGUUACGUCUGACAAGAAGGAAGACAAGAAGACAUGUGGUAAAUUGUCAGAUCCCAGAGUAUCAAAAACAAAAUGCAGACCGCGCUCAGGAAAUACAUCCGACCUACCAAAGUCAUCAACUACAAAGAAUCUUAAUGAAUUACCAGAGUCUAAACUACGCCCAAAAGAAUGCAGUCCACGCAUGAUGAAUAGAUCCAAAUCCUGUUUUAUUGAAAACCCCACGACUUCAUCAAAUAUACCAAUUGCAGAUAAAAUAAGCGAGGCUCCUAUUAAUGAAAAUGGAAAUGAUGCCACAGUCAAGAAACCUGAUAGCGGACUUUCCGAAGGCAUGUCAAUAGAUCGCGACUGCGCCAGCGUAGCGUCACGAAAUGUUGAAAAUCCUCGUGGACCAACUGUAAUUGAGGCACCACAUUUGCCCAUUUAUCGAGGCAAGCUGCGUGGCAUUUCAGCAACAAGCAGGAAAGAAGAGCGCAAAAAUAUAAUUCUGGAGAGGCAACGCUCUGCGGAAUACCAGGCAGAGAUGAAAAGGAAAUGGUAUCAAAUUCGGCAAGCCAGAAAACGCGAGUGCCAAGAAAACAAAGAAAAGCGCCGUGAGCAGCUAAAAAAACUAACCGAUAAGCCCAAGCCAGAUGAGACGACGGAACGUGCUGAUGCGCGUAAACGAAAACUAACCAACGUACCUACGCCGAGUAAUUGCAAUCGUGGUGAUUUUCUUACCAAGGACAUCCAGCCACCAACAACAAAGAAGCCCAGACUAGAGAAAGUCCCAGCAAAGCCUGAAAAACCAACACCCAAGCGACGGGCUACUAUAGAGUCCUUCUCACAGCAGCUGAGUGCUAUGGAUUUAAUUAGAAAUCUACCUGAACCACCGAGCCGCCCGAGAGUACGCAAAGAUGCCGAAUUGGCGCGCAAUCAAAGGACCUGCAAUCGCGUUACUUUUGCCGAAAUGGAGCGCGAAUUUGACUUGCGCCAAGAGCGAGAGAAGCGCGCUAAAAGUAGUCGGCACGUUCGGUUCAACGACAACUUGCAAAUCAAAAUAAUCGAACGGGUUCCGGGUGCUAAUCGCAAAGUGGGCAACUUCAAGGACACCAAGAAGAUAACGUUAAGUACGUACGCGGAGCGGCGCGCUUGGUCGCAGGCAAAGGGCAGAUUGGAGAACUUUAGCGAUUUGAUAAUGGGCAACAUUCUGAGCUGGGCAAACCAAUGGCUUCAGCUGGGCAGCGCCGAUGCAGUGGCUGAGUCUGAGGUCCUAAUACCCAUCCCAAAUGAAUUCAAGAGCUACAAACAGUACAAAGAGAUUGUCAUACCAUUGAUGAAAUUGGAGCUGCUGUCCACCAUAGAGCGCGACUACAAAAUUUCCAGCUCGACGUUUGAAGUCAGUUUGAAAAACAUUUCAGGUUCCAACUCCCGCAACCGACCUCGCUAUGUGUUGAACACUAGAUAUAAUAGCAGGAUCGGCAAGAGAUUUGAUCUCUACACUAUUAGUAGCGAAGACAAGCUGAAGGAGACGUUCGCAUCACUUCCUCAAGUUCAGCGCGUUGCUGGCAACGUCUACGAUUUGUCUUUUGAGAUUUUGCAAGAGGGCAUCAAUUUAGAUGUACUCAAUUCGUGCAAGAUUUUAACUGUUCGCCCUGUUGUGGAUAAUAUUCGCGUGGAGAUGGGCGCCUUCAAUGCAAUUUAUUUGAUGGGCCGCUCACCGCUAUUUCAUCGAAUCCUGCAUCCCAGCGAGACUGUGUUCUCGUACGACAACAAACUAGUACAACAAGCUGAUUACAAAGGAUUUAAGAAGUUGAAUGAUCAUCAAAUGGAUAUUUGCCAGCGCACUUGGAGUCGUUUGAUUGACGACUCGACGCCUAGUGUAACGCUAAUUCAGGGUCCGCCCGGCACGGGCAAAUCGGCUGUAAUCUCAAAUCUAACGCUGCAGUGCAUGUAUGGUAGCAGCAGUAUUUCACUCGACCGAAAAGUUCUCAUAUGUGCUCACAGCAACGCAGCAGUAGAUAAUAUCACAGCGUAUUUAAAGAAAGCUCGCUCGGCUAUGAGCCACUCACAUUUUGAGCUCAUACGCUUUGGUUUCUUUGAGAAAAUGGAUUCAACCGUGCGCGAUGUCUCGCUGGAUGCCUUUCUCCACAAGAAACUUGCCGAAAAACGCAAUCGUCUAUCAGCCGAAAAUAUUGAAGCGCUAAAGAAGCAUCAACAGAUGCUGGAGAAAGAAAUUGCCGAUAUUAAAAAGCUUCCUGGUCAAAUCAAUUAUAUACAAAAUCAGCUAGAUAGCAAAGAGAAACAAUUACGCCUGGUCAUGCAGCAAUUAAAGCCACAGCUGACCCCACGGGAAGAGCACGAGUAUUCCAUGAUGGUCUUGCAACGGGCUAAUAUAGUUUGCACCACACUCUCCAGCUGUGUUAAGCUAGCCAACUUCAUAGACUACUUCGACGUAUGCAUAAUUGACGAGGCAACACAGUGCACCGAACCCUGGACCCUUCUGCCAUUGCGUUUUGGUGUAAGAGGUCUUGUCCUGGUGGGUGAUACUCAGCAGUUACCUGCCACGGUACUGUCCCAGAAGGCAAUUGAAUUUGGUCUGGGUAAUUCCAUGUUCGAUCGCAUACAGCGCAAUUUGAAGCAGCAGCUGGACAAGCCGGGAGGCAAUCACUAUGUUCAUACCAAAAUAUUUAAAUUAAGCAAGCAGUAUCGUAUGCAUCCCGAGAUUUGCAAAUGGCCCAAUAGUUACUUCUAUGAUAAUCAGCUGGUGAACGCCGAAUGCACCCAUAAACUGAUCUCUCCCUUUAUACCGUACUGUGUCAUCAAUUUAAGCUAUACAAAGGACACCAACGAUGCGAGCAGUCGUAGUAUUAGCAACGAUGAGGAGGCACGAUUUGUAGCCAAGUUGCUCCUCGAGAUGGACAAGUUGAUGCCUGUUAAGCAUUUUCAUUACGGACUAAUAUCCCCUUAUAGCAGCCAUUGCUAUACACUUAGCCAGCUGAUUCCCAGCCACAUGAAGAUUACGCCGCAAACAGUGGACGCGUUUCAAGGACAGGAGCGGGAUGUCAUAAUCCUAUCGAAUGCACGGACACGCGGCGUUGGCUUCCUCACUAACUAUCAGCGUCUUAAUGUGGCCAUCACUAGACCGACUCGGUGUCUAAUUAUCUGUGGAAAUUUUGAUGAUCUGCAGUCUGUCAACAUAUGGCGUCAUUUGCUGGACGAUGCUCGAAAACGAAACGUUUACUUUCAUCUGGAACGCGGAGAUGUUGAGGAUUUGCAGAAAUCCCUAAUUAGUAAGAUACUUAUAAAACCAAUAGAAAUUGCGGAUAAUACACCGUCGACCUCAAAGUGAUCAUUGCAAAUGAUAUUUGCAUUACCAAAGUGCCCUAAAAAUUU